AUGAGCUCUUCGUUUGCAAGUAGGCGCAAGGCGCGGCGGGUUGGUGUGGACGAUGAAGACACGGAUGGCGCCGUUGAGCAAGAGCCUGUUGUUCGGAAACCGGCUUUGAAAUCAAAGAGGAAAUCAAAAUUAAACCUUUCUUUUGGAGUCGGUGGAACUUCCAUGACUGACGAUGUUUCGGACGAAGGAGAGGUUGUCAUUCCAAAGAAGACGGGGAUAAGACGCAAUGUUUUGGACAAAGCAUCAAACCGAAAGCCCUUGGGUUCAUCAGAGACUCUUCCAGUCCGAGUUGGCCGAGAUGAUGACCGCCCAAGCUAUAGCAAAGACUAUCUCCAGGAAUUACGGAACUCUACUCCAUCCACACCAAAGAAUGUGUCUCGUCCAGACACCGAAGACGAAAAAGACAAGGCCUUGGAUAUAGCCGGCAAAUUUGGAGAAGUGGCGCAAUACACCAGGCCCUCCGCUAUUCCUAGUGAAGCCGAAAUCCGAGAGAAAAAGGCACGUCGCAGCCGCCUGGCUAAGGAACAAGAGUACAUAUCUCUGAAUGAUACUGGUGUAGAGGAUGACGAAGACGAGUGGUCACUGUCAAAGAAACCACUUGAAACUGAAACAAGGCUAGUCCGAGAUGAUGAGGACUUUGCGGAGGGUUUUGAUGAGUAUGUCGAGGAUGGCCGGAUAGCGAUGGGCAAAAGGGCAGAGAUCGAGCAAAAGAAGCGGCAACGUGCAAAUAUGAAAGAGCUCAUAAACGAUGCUGAAGAUCUCUCGGACGAAGAUGACUCUGAAACCGAACGCCGGGCUGCAUACGAGUCUGCGCAAACUCGUGCCGGAAUGGAUGGUUUGAAGAGGGACACCGAUGAAUCUGUACCGCGCUCAAAGACACCACCAAAAAUAACAUCUCUACCAACUCUUGCAUCGAAAUUGGCUGGCUUGCGAAUGAGCGUGGUGGAAAUGGAAAACAAUAAAGCGCAGCUUGUCAAUCGUUUGGAGGAACUUCGCAAGGAAAAGGUUGAGAUAUCUGAGAGAGAAACUGAGAUUCAAAAUCUCCUGAAAGAAGCGGGUGAGAAGUAUGAGAGGCUCCGGGUAGAGGCCGGGCAGACUGCCACUACAGAGAAACUUAUCACGGGAACUGAGGCUGGAGCUGACCGUGGACUUGAUAACCUCGGCGCCCUGUCACUACCAGCGCCAGAUGCUGAAAUGAACGAAGACGAUUGA